UGAUACCGUAAACCUGCCAACAAAUUCGAUGGAUUUGCGGAAUUCAAUUUAAUCCAAUUCCAUUCCAAUCCAUUCCGCACGAGAUGUCAUCACGACCCUUCCAUCCACCGGAACAAGCAUUCGGCACGGAUACACACACAGAGAAGCGCACCAAAAAACGCACAACCGCUCUUCACCAAAUCAAGCCCACCGCGAACAACCAAGCGAUGCCUUCCCGUGCAAUGUUCGGGAGGAGCAGAAUGGGACGGGCGCUGGUCCUCUGGGCCUGCUGCUUCUGCUGCCCCCGCGCCGAUGCCUUUCCCACAGCUCGCCGAGCGGGGGUCGGUCGUCCACGGGCGCUUGCGCAAAGGCACGCCGAGGCACGCCCCGGCGGAGGCACGGCCGGUGGACGGGGGGCCGGCGAUGCGAAUGCGAAUGCGAGUGCGGACGCCGAUCCCGAUGACAACGCCGAUGCGCCGCGGACCCACCGGAUCGAGUUCGUCUCCMCGCUUCUGGACUACGGAUACCCCCCGGCCGCCCGCGAUCUGGAGGCGAGGCAGGCAGGAGGCACCAACGAACGGCACGAAAAGCCGAUCCUCCUGUACCUGCCCGGAUUCGACGGGACGUACGUCUGCCCCUUUCUCCAGUUUCCGGAACUCGGGACGGAAUUCGAGGUCUGGUGCAUGACGAUCGGGAUGGAGGACCGAUCGACCUACGACGAGCUCAAGUCGGUCGUCCUCGACGUCCUGAGGACCGACCUGGCCGCCGGACACCGCGCGGCCGAAGCGGUUCCCGCGGGGGCCUCUUCCGAAAGCCGCUCGGAAGGCGAGAGCGAAACGGAAGAAGCGGUGCCCGGGGAGAGGGCCCCUGCUGCCGGGGGCUCCGGCCGCUUUUCCGGCCUGUUUGGCGGGAACGGCAGAAAGGCCGGUGCCAAAACGACCGGGCGCCCGGUCUACCUCGCCGGGGAGUCCUUUGGGGGGAUCCUGGCGUCCGACGUCGCCCGGACCCUCCUGGAGGAGCAAAACGCCCCGGGCGGGGCCGGCGGAGCUUCGACCGUAGAUCUAAAGGGCCUGGUGCUGAUCAAUCCCGCGACGUGCUACGACCGGUCCCAGCUGGCGACCGCGGGGCCCUCCGUGGCGAGCGCCCCGAGCCCCUUCUACCUCCUGGGCCUGUUCAGCAAGCUGGUGCCGCUCUUCACCGACGAGUUUUCCGUGGAGCAGCUCCUCCUCAUCCUCUCGGCAAAGGGCCUCCCCAGCGUCAUCGAUACCCCGCGCCGGGAGGCCUACAUGGGCCGGGUCGCCUUUAGCCUGCCGACGAAGCUCGGGUACAUGUCGGCCUCGACCCUGUCCUGGAGGCUCGACGAGUGGCUGAAGACCGGCUGCGCUUCCACGAGGAGGUCGUCCUUCGGGGCCUUUCCCGACUUUCGGAGCCUCAUCGUCGUGGGAGAAAAGGACAAGACCCUCCCCUCGAUCGCAGAGGCCGAACGGCUGGCCAACAAGGUGAUGAACCCGGGCAAGACGCGCAUCCACGUCGUCGACGGCGCCGGCCACGCGUCGACGUGCGGCAGCCGGCUGGACCUCGCGGCCGUGAUCAGGAACUGCUUUCCGGAGCUGCAGACCCCCAAGGGGAGGCGGAAACCGUCGCGGAAGUCCCGCGGGGAAGACCCGGAGGAGGAACUCCUCGAGGACGCCAACCCCAAGCGAACCUCCAUGAAACCGGAGGCCGCGGGGGGGUCCGGGCCGCGCUUUGGCAUGGAGGAGCGAUACGACAAGGCCGACGUCGGCCUGAACCCGCUCUUCUACUGGUCGAAGAGCCACUACCGGGCGGUCCGCCAGGACUCGCAGCAACGAAAGGUUCGCGUCCCGGGGGAAGCCCCAUCGGUCCCCUACCAAAAGGCCGUGUACACGGUGCAAGAGUAGCCGGUCCCCACUUCUCCGCUGCCCCGACCCACCACGCUCCAUUGAAACCAACAGCGGGCGGAUCGUUCAGAGUCCUCCAUCGCUCCCCCGACGGGUUCGUCACUCCACAAGAAAUGGACGCUACAAAC